GCCCUCGGGAACCGCGUUUCAUCGCUGGUUCAAAUCCUUGCAGAAUCGGAGAACGGAGUCACUGUGACUCGUAUUUUCGGCAAAUAUGGCUGGAUUCGUGAUAUAAGGACUUGGGGGAGUGGAAGAGAGGGGUUGAUGGUUACUCGUAAGCUAUGGCUAAGCUAUGGCUAAGGCCACAACAGGAGACGGCUACAAGGUCCAUUUCGGAACCAACUAUCUAAGCCAUGCGCUCCUCAUCAACCUGCUGCUGCCCACGAUGCAGCGGACGUUCAAUGACGCCGAGCUAGCACGCCAGUUAUGGGAAUGGACGGGAAGGGAGCUCAAAAGAGUCAAGUCUAUGUAGUAUAACUAUCUAUAACUAGAACCAACUAGUACCUAAAUCAUGUUUAUAACGUCCCCCAUAUCU